AGGAGGAAGAGGGCUGAUGUGUGAAUGAAUGCUACCAUGGCCUGUAGAUCCUGUCCAUAGAGGAGCUACUUAGUGGAAGAGAGAGACAACCAACAGGAUGAAAGUGUGGAGGAGGUCAGCUUGGCCUGUGCAGGUGGCCUUCCUCGUUGCCUUGGUGAUGCUCUGCGUUGACCCAGUGUCCGCCGGCAGCCGUAACCAUCGGGGACAGACAGUCUCAUACCAGGUGAAGCAGGGGACGUGUGAGGUGGUGGCCCUCCAUCGCUGCUGUAAUAAGAAUAAGAUUGAGGAGCGCUCUCAAACCGUCAAGUGUUCCUGUUUCCCCGGACAGGUCGCCGGCACCACCAGAGCCAGACCCUCCUGUGUGGAAGCCUCCAUUGUGGCCCAGAAGUGGUGGUGCCAGAUGCAUCCCUGUAUGGACGGAGAGGAGUGUAAAGUCCUGCCUGACCUGACCGGCUGGUCCUGCAGCACCGGCAACAAAGUCAAAACCACCAAGGUCACACGAUAGCAAGAGAGCCGCAGAGCCACGAGGAAACCUGAAACUCUCCAUGUGGAAAGGAUGGAUGACUCACACACAUUUACUGUACGAUGGGGAACAUAUCAAGGAAAGGACAACUGUCAGACCAUCCAUCACAUAACAAUGGGAUAAAAUGUACUCAUCACAAACAAUGUACACAUGGAGCCACACACAGCAGUAUGCUGCUUGUCGAGACCAAUGGACUACAAUCAUGGACACCCAGGGUAAAUCUGGACACAAAUGGACUCUUAUUUUCCAGUAAUGGACAAAAUGUGGACUGA